AUGGCGUCGGCAUGCCCUCCAAGACGUUUCCAGGUGGAGCCUAUUGAGACCACCACCUCUAGCUCCAAGGAACGCAAGGAAGAGUUGAAAGAAGAGAUCUCGAAUCCCACACGAAAAUUUGCCCCUGAGCCAAUUGAGACGAUCACCAAGAGCAACCGCACAUUUGCUCCUGAGCCUGUCGAGACCACAUCAAAGUCCAACCGAAAGUCCGCGCCUAAGCCCACAGAAACAUCGGCAAGGGCCAACCGCAAGUUUGCACCUGAGCCGGUGGAAAUCACCACGAAUAAGAGCAGCCGUCGGAAGUUUGCUGAAGAGUGGGAUGAAACAACCUCACCUCGUAGAUUCAAGCCUGAGCCUCUAGAGAUAACAGCACGAGGCAACAAAAGGCAGCCGCCUAGUCCAAGGAAGUUUGCGCCGCAGUUGGUAGAGAGCGCACAGAGAACACGCAAAGCAGGUGAUGCCACUCCAGCACUCCUGCCUUCUGAUAAGACAGAGGCAACUCCUGAGAUUAGCGCUAUAAGUGCAAGAAGAGCACGGAUUCUGGGAAUUUCACCGACACCGCCGAAUAACACGCCAACGAUCGAUCUACCGCGGAACCCUCUUUCUCGAAACCCUCUGUUCCUGGAGAUUCAGCGCUCGGAGCUGCCGCCAUCAAGAAGAAGGUCCUGGUUCUCGUGCUCUGAACAUUCAUUUCGAGUUCCAGAUCUGGACCCCAUUGAGUCUUCCGAAUCAGAAGGAUCUAAUCCUCCGUCACCGAUCACUUCCACCUCCAACCAUUCUUUCAUGUACAAGGAAGCCACUCGAAGAAGGGAAAGCGUCGAUGACAGUUCCUCUGGGUAUAUGCUUGCUCUUGCUGCCAAAGCUGCAGAGAGACAACUGCGCGAGCAAGCGAUGGCCGCCUUUCCAAACGACGAUUUUCACGAGCCUGUUGAUCACUUCAUAGAUCAUGAAACAGACGACGGCGUGACGAACGACAGACGAGGCUCAUCUUACAGCGAAGUCAACUGGGAUUUGAAGGCUAUGCGAGAGUAUCAAGACUUGCAGGACUACGAAAAGCGAAAGCUGCAAAGGCAGGCCGCCCAGCCGACUAAGGCUGCGGAGGCGGCGAAACCUGCCUUCAAUCCUUUUGGCAAUCCAGCUGGUUUCCUGGAUGCUGCAACUGCUAAGAAGUUGGCACAAGACAAUGAAGUAGAGCCCAUGCGCAAGGGCGCGCGUCCUCCCAUGUUGGGGAAGAACAUCAAAUUCCCGAGAUGCGCAUCCCCCGAGCCAGCACGUUUCGACCCCACGCAAGGCUGCGAUGCAGUACGCACAGCCAUGUGUUACUUGUCUGAGCAGAGCAAGGCCGCUGAGGAUGGGAAGGAGAGCCUGUGGUGCGGCAGAGGCAAUGGCAAGCAAACGAGCACAACGCCAUCCUUAUGGUCUACAGCCAAUAGUCGAGCCUCCAGUACCCAUGGCUUGUGGGGUGGCAUGUGUACCAAGGAGGAAGGAGACAAGUCUCCGAGAGGACCUUCGGGCAUCUUGACACCCAGGCACGAGAAGGCAAAUCCCAUGUCGCCAAAUCCAUCUCCAGCCAUGAGCAUGAGCCUGCUGCCACCUACACCACCCGCGUAUUCGACCGACUUUGGCAACAUUGACGCGAAGCUUGCCAUCGAACAGACCAUCGAGGAAGAAUUUGGGGAUGACUUCGUGACGCAGGUUUACAACUAUCUGUCGUUGGGCUACCCAUCCAUGGCUCAACCCUUCGAUCCAGAGCUGUCUAAGAUUGCUGGUAUCCCCAUCUCAGAGUUGAGGCAGGACGACCACCUCGCAAAGUCCCGAGGCUAUAUUCGUCUGGGCAAGGAUGGCAAUCUUAAAGAUGCUGAGAUUACAGAAGAGACAUGCACACGCUGGCGCGCUCUUCGCACUUACAUUCAAGAGUGGGCAAGGCAGCACCCAAAGAUGAGCGACCAGUUAUCGAUUGAAGGUCAUGGCGUUUCCGUGAGGAAGGGAAGUUGGGGGCUUUAG